GCUGAGUAGCCAUUUUGGUCCCACCUAAAACAGACAGACCCGCUUCACUUUGGGCCGCUGGAGAUGGGAGAAACCGAGCCUAUGGCGAGCGUUUCAGUCAUCUGGACCUUUUAAAACCGUCUGCCAAACACCCACCUUUACCACCGAAGGUCAUGUUGUUAUUUUAAAGCGAGUCAUUUUCGGGGGCAAGAAAGAGGACUGUGGUGAUUUUUGGAAGUGACGACCGACAGCGCCUUCACGUUAGUUUAGUUAGCUUCACUGACUGAAAGCCGAACGGACAGACGGACUCCGGCUAGCCUGUCGAGUCAAACAAAGGUUACAGCAGGAACAUGUUAUGUGCGCAGCUUAAACACUAAAUAUAAGUUGAUUGUAUUUUUUUAUUUUAGUAUUUUUUUACGCUCCGGAAUAUCUCAGGUGCUUGGCUCUAACACGUCCGGUCUGGGCUGAAAAUUGUCACGAUCCAUGCUGAGCCUGUUUUUCCACAGAGAACUGCAAAGCAAAGCAAUAAUAACCAGAUUUCUUGGCUGGUGGAUUUAAAACUGAGGAUUAUAUUUUCACCUCAAACGGCUCCUGGUUAAGGAAGACCAAAUAAAUGAUGUCAACAAAAACUCCUUUACCGACGGUCAACGAGAAGGUGACGGAAAGUCACACAUCUCACAGCAACGGGCGCCAGGAGCUCAGCACACGCUCAGGUCGGACCGGCAUGCGAUCCCGCAGCUCGGACGAGUCGCAGCAACCCCAUGUGGGCAACUACCGGCUGCUCAAGACCAUCGGCAAAGGCAACUUUGCCAAAGUUAAACUUGCCCGGCACAUCCUCACCGGCAGAGAGGUGGCAAUUAAGAUAAUAGACAAGACGCAGCUGAACCCAAACAGCCUUCAGAAGCUUUUCAGAGAAGUCAGAAUAAUGAAGAUCUUAAAUCAUCCCAAUAUUGUCAAGCUGUUUGAGGUGAUUGAGACGGAGAGGACCCUCUACCUAGUGAUGGAGUACGCCAGUGGAGGUGAGGUGUUCGACUACCUGGUUGCACAUGGAAGAAUGAAGGAAAAGGAGGCCAGGGCUAAAUUUAGACAGAUCGUAUCGGCGGUGCAGUACUGCCACCAGAAGCACAUUGUUCACAGAGACCUCAAGGCGGAGAACUUGUUACUAGACGCAGACAUGAACAUAAAGAUUGCCGAUUUCGGCUUCAGCAAUGAGUUCACUUUAGGCAACAAGCUGGAUACAUUCUGCGGCUCCCCGCCGUACGCCGCCCCGGAGCUUUUCCAGGGGAAAAAGUAUGACGGACCGGAGGUGGACGUCUGGAGUCUGGGGGUCAUCCUGUACACGCUGGUCAGUGGCUCCCUGCCCUUUGAUGGACAGAACCUAAAGGAGUUGCGCGAGCGUGUUCUGAGAGGAAAGUACCGCAUUCCUUUCUACAUGUCCACGGACUGCGAGAACCUCCUGAAACGCUUCCUGGUCCUGAACCCGGCCAAGCGUGGUACUCUCGAGGUGAGGGAGGACACCGAAAAUCAAAUCAUGAAGGAUCGAUGGAUCAAUUCGGGAUUCGAGGAGGAUGAGCUGAAGCCUUACACUGAACCAGAACUGGACAUCACGGAUCAGAAGAGAAUAGAUGUGAUGGUGGGUAUGGGCUAUAACCUGGAGGAGAUCCAGGACUCCCUGGCCAAGAUGAAGUAUGAUGAGAUCACAGCCACCUACUUGUUGUUGGGCAGGAAAGCCUCUGAGCUGGAGCCCAGCGACUCUGCCUCCAGCAGCAAUCUGUCUCUGGCCAAACCCAGACCUAACAGUGAGCUCAACGGCCAGUCGCCAUCCCAUCUCAAAGUGCAUAGGAGCGUCUCCUCCAACCACAAACAGAGGCGUUACAGUGAGCAAGUCGGUCAGAACGUUCCUCCAGGGAUGGCUCAUCCAAAGAGAAGCCAGACCACCACAGCGGACAACAGUGCGAAGGACGAAAGUGGAGCUCCUCUCCGGAAACCCAGCACCCCCGGCGGCCGAGGCGGUCCGCCUUCCAGCCCCCUGCUGGGCAACGCCAACAACCCCAACAAGGCUGACAUCCCUGAGCGGAAGAAAGGAGCCACCACCGGCCCGACUAAUAACUCUGCUUCAGCAGGCAUGACCAGGAGGAACACGUACGUCUGCAGCGACAGGAACAACACGGACCGCCUCUCGGUCAUCCCCAACGGGAAGGAGAACAGCAUGACUGAGAUGGCUUAUGCCACUAGCCCCUCUUCUUCUUCUGCCUUUGCUGCCGUCGUUUUCGGCGCCUCGUCCACUUCGGUACAGCAGAGGUAUCAAACCGUCAGCCCUCUGUAUGCUUGUCAGGCAGACUGGGCCACCCUGCCCCACUCCUACUACGCUCUGGACCGCUGCUCGGCCAAUGUUGCCGUGUCGCCCGGUGGCCAGAGGAACCCGGUGGCGUCCACCCACAGCAUCAGCAAUGCCACCACGCCCGACCGCCUCCGCUUCCCCCGCGGCACGGCCAGCCGCAGCACCUUCCACGGCGGCCAGCUGAGGGACCGCCGCACCGCCACAUACAACGGGCCGCCGGCGUCCCCCACCCUGUCCCACGACGCCACGCCCCUGUCCCAAACCCGCAGCCGCGGAACCAGCAACCUGUUCUCUAAGCUCACGUCCAAACUCACCCGCAGAAACAUGUCAUUCAGGUUUGCCAAAAGAGUCUCAACCGAGUUUGAGAGAAACGGGAGACUUGAGGGCUCAAGUCGCCAUGUACCUGGGGAUCAGAAAGGGGAAAUUAAAGACAGUAAGCCCCGCUCCCUCAGAUUCACUUGGAAUAUGAGAACCACCAGCUCCAUGGAGCCCUGCGACAUCAUGAGGGAGAUCCGCAAGGUGCUCGACGCCAACAACUGCGACUACGAACAGCAAGAGAGUUUCCUGCUCCUCUGCGUCCAUGGCGACGGGCGGGCCGAGAACCUGGUCCAGUGGGAGAUGGAGGUCUGCAAGCUCCCCCGUCUCUCCCUGAACGGCGUCCGCUUCAAAAGGAUAUCUGGGUCAUCCAUCGCUUUCAAGAACAUUGCUUCCAAAAUUGCCAACGACUUAAAACUAUGAACAAAAGGACUGAAAAGUAUAAGUAAAAAAAAGAAAUUAAAAUCUAUAUUCAGAGGUAUUUAAGCUGUACAAUCAUCCAAGUAGCAGUUUCCAAAUGUCUCCUUUUUUUAAACAAAACACAGUAUGUAUUGAACAUUAUAAUGUAUAGAUGCAGGCUUUUGGCAAUAAUUACUGAAUUAUCUACUAAUGUCUGUUUUGACCACCAGGGGACGCCAUUAACAAGUUGAAAAUGAUUUGUCAUGCUGUGAAUGUGGAGAAAAAAAGAAGAAAAAAAGCAUUUCUGGUCUUAUUUAUUUCACCUUUUAUUUUUACUUUUCUCUCGGU